AUGUCGGCGCUCUUUAAUUUCCAGUCACUCUUGCUUGUCGUCCUUCUGACGAUAUGCACAUGCACCUAUAUUCGCGCUACAGCGCCUGUGCUUAUUGAUCGGAAUAAAAAAGGCUUCCUCGGCAUGUUUUUCAAGGCAGCUCGGAUCGGUGAACGGCUGUCCCCUUAUUGUUCUAUAGCAUGCUUUGUGAUGGCCGUUCGAAUCCGUUGCAUCGUGCAUGCCUCGACGGUAAGUCGUCAGCAUUCCUCACAUCUAGGCAAUCUAGGGAUUGUCCGUGAUCUUCUAGAGACCGAUCAGGGACUUGCCGCAUUGCUUCAAGCCGACGAAGACGGGCGAAUGCCCUUGCACUGGGCGGCGACGAGCGACGACAAACUCGAACUUGUGGAAGCCUUGCUAGGUGCAGGCGAGAUUCCUUUGGACGACAAGGAUCACAGUGGAUGGACACCACUCAUGAUUGCAGCGUCGGCGGGAGCACGUCGUAUCGUGUCGCUGCUUAUAGCACGGGGAGCCGAUGUACAUGCCGGCAAUCACAAACGGAUCACCGCGCUGCAUUACGCAAGCAGUAAGAACCAUGCAGAUGUCGUACGUGCUCUUCUCGAGGCUGGUGCCGACGUUAACGCGCUGGACGGUGCGAAUCAGAGGCCAUUACACCGCGCCGCCUCCGCAGGCCACGAUGCCAUUGUGCGUAUCCUGCUCAAGCCACCGCCACGCACAGACGGUACGCCGCAUCCUAAGACACGCGUCAAUCCCGCAGAUCGUCUGGGCAAUACGCCCCUGCAUUUGGCGGUGGAUUCAGCGCAUGCGCAGACUGCGGCGCUGCUCAUAGAUGUGGGCGGCGCCGAUCGGAAUCGCGUGAACACCGAUGGGCUGGUGGCCGAGCAGAUGGAAGGUGUGGGUGGCGUCGAGCAGAAACGUGUACGUGAGUUCCUAGCGCAGUCGUUUGGUGCGUUGGGUUAA